UUUCAGAUUUUUAAAACAAAUACGGCGUCGACUCAAGAGUUUUACAAAAGCAUUUGGAUACACCUUCUUGUCUCCGCAGAGAGCGAAAAGCAGAAGAAAAAUGGCGAACGAAUUGGAGGAAUUAAUCGGUUUUCUCUCAUCCCCAUCUCCUCAAAUUACGAAGGCAGCUGUUGAUAUAGUUCAGGGAUUAACAGGCUCAGAGGAUGGGUUGAAGUCUCUUGCCCACUAUGCCAACAUCGUGCUACCGUCUCUGUCUCGACUCUUAGCGGGACCUAAGGAAGUGUCAGAGCCUGCAGCAGAAGCUCUUGUGAAUCUUUCACAAGACACGGAUCUAGCGCAGAAGAUGGUUGAGAUGGGAAUGGUUAAAAUUGCCAUGGAAAUUUUGUACAAGCCAGAGUCUGGCAUUAGUAAGUUGCUGGUUAUGCUGCUAGUUAAUCUCACACAGUUGGAUGCUGGUAUUGCUUCGUUGCUUCAGACUGAAGAUGAGAAGAUGAACGGACUGUAUGUUAUGAAGCUUGUGAGAUCAUUCUGUAGAUCUUCCAGUGAAACUAGCGAUGAUCCAUUUGAACAUGUUGCUUCCAUACUUGUAAACAUAUCAAAGCAAGAAGCAGCAAGGAAACUUUUACUGGACCCUAAGCGAGGGCUUCUGAAGCAGAUUAUUAGACAGUUUGAUUCAAGUAGUCCAUUGAGAAAGAAAGGGGUUUCUGGAACUAUUCGCAACUGUUGUUUUGAAGCUGAGAGUCAGCUACAGAAUUUGCUUUUAAUAUCAGAGUUUCUUUGGCCAGCUUUGCUUCUUCCUGUUGCUGGCAACAAGAUUUAUAAUGAGAAGGACACAUCAAAAAUGCCACUUGAGCUUGGGAGUGCACUCUCGAUUGAGCGUGAACCAGUUACUGAUCCUGAAAUUCAAGUCCAAGUACUAGAGGCUAUAUACUUGAUCACAUUACAGGAUGCAGGUCGAAGAGCUUUUUGGUCUGUCAAUGGACCAAGAAUACUUCAAGUGGGGUAUGAGGACGAGCAAGACCCGAAAGUAAUGGAAGCCUAUGAGCGAGUUGGCUCCUUGCUGGUUGAUAACAGUGGCACAGAGGAACCAUCCACUGAGAAAUCAAAUUAGCAGCUGUUUAUGUUCAUUCAUUCAUGAACUCAAUGCUGGUAUUGAAGGGUAAUGCAACUCAUACCAGUCAGUCAUUUUAUGGGUAUAGAUGUCAGCAUAACAGUUAGGAAAGUUGUCCACAACAUGUAUUUUAGAUAUUUGAGGCAAUUGCCAUUUUUUUAGCUUUUGAAGAAAUCUGCCUAAUCAGUUUCUUUUUGGUUAGGUCUUUUUUGUUUGCCCCUUACAUUGGUUUGUAUUGCCCCUCAAACCAAACCCAGUUUUCUUUUUGGUGUUUAAAUUAUAUACUAUCUAAGAUUUUGAUCCACAGGCAUUUGUGUU